AUGUGUAUCCUUUUAACAACAAACGCCAACAAGGACUACCGGUUCAUUCUUCUUUCCAAUAGAGAUGAAUACUAUCAAAGAGCCACACAAUUAGCUUCGUUCCAUGAAUAUAACAAUGUCAAGAUCUUAUCACCUUUAGAUUUGGCUCGUAAGGAUCAUGGUACUUGGAUAGCAUUAAACACUGAGAAUGAUAAGUUUGCCAUCUUGGUGAAUUAUAGAGAAGGUAUCAAAGAAGCUAUUAACCCUGUUUCAAGAGGUGUUUUGCCACAAGAUUAUGUUGUAUCAAAUUCCACUACAAGAAGUCAAUUCUUAAAUGAAUUAAGUGCCAAAUAUGAUGAUGGUGAAUUAUUAUCCAAGAUUGGUGGGUUUAAUUUAUUAUUUGGUGAUUUAAGUUCAAAUUCAUUUGAUAUUAUAUCAAACAAGAAUAAUUCAGAUUUUAAAAUCUUUACUACAAAAGAUGAAUAUCAUGGAUUAUCAAAUUCUUCAUUUGAUGAACCAUGGGAAAAAGUUAGAAUUGGUGAACAAUUACUUAGGGAAUAUACUGAAAAUUAUAAUAAUUCAACCAGUACCAUAAAUAAAGAAGAUCUUGUUGAAUCACUGUUCAAUUUAUUAUCAUAUAAUACAAUGGAGAAUAUAACUAAUGAUUUCCAAGGAAAUUUUGAAAACAUUAAGAAUUCAAUCUUUAUACCACCUUUAAAAGUUCGUGAUUAUAAUAGAAAUAAUGUAUUGGCAGGUCAAUGGUAUGGUACUAGAACUCAAACUGUUAUUUUAGUUGAUAAUCAUGGUCAUGUUUCAUAUAUUGAAAGAAAUUUACAUUCAAGUGAUGAUUUAGAUGAAAGUCCUCAAACUCAAAAAUUUGAGUUUGAAUUAUGA